GCCCUUCAUUCUUUAAUAUAUCGGCUUUCACUGUCUUUGUUUGCUUGUGUCAUCUUGUGGAAAUAAGAUUGAAUGAGAGCUUCAUUCUCCAUCUUUUUCUCUUCAAGCAUCAUUUUCUGCAGCUCCUCUCUGUUUCAGAAGUGGGAGUGAGAGACAGAGCCAAAAGAACAUUCUGAGGUAAAAGUAAACUAACAGUUGAAGUGAUGGAGAUGGUAACCAAUGUUUCCGAGUAUGAGAAGAUAGCAAAGGAAAAAUUGCCAAAGAUGGUGUAUGACUACUAUGCAUCUGGUGCAGAGGACCAGUGGACUCUCAAGGAGAACGAACGUGCUUUCUCCAGGAUUUUGUUUCGGCCUCGUAUUCUUAUUGAUGUAAGCAAGAUAGACUUGAGAACCACAGUGUUGGGAUUCAAUAUUUCCAUGCCCAUCAUGAUAGCUCCUACGGCCAUGCAGAAGAUGGCUCACCCUGAAGGAGAAUUUGCAACAGCAAGAGCAGCAUCUGCAGCAGACACAAUUAUGACACUGUCCUCUUGGGCUACUUCCAGUGUUGAAGAGGUUGCGUCAACGGGACCUGGCAUUCGUUUUUUCCAACUCUAUGUGUACAAGGACAGAAAUGUGGUUGCACAGCUUGUCAAAAGAGCUGAGAAAGCUGGUUUCAAGGCAAUAGCCCUUACUGUGGACACUCCGCGGCUUGGACGCAGGGAGGCUGAUAUCAAGAACAGAUUUACUUUGCCACCAAACUUGACAUUGAAGAACUUUGAGAAUAUUGAUCUGGGAAAAAUGGAUAAGACCAAUGAUUCUGGACUAGCAUCAUAUGUUGCUGGACAAAUUGAUCGGUCUCUCAGCUGGAAGGACGUGAAAUGGCUUCAGACAAUCACCCAUUUACCGAUUCUUGUAAAGGGUGUGAUCACAGCUGAGGAUGCACAACUAGCUGUACAACAUGGAGCUGCAGGAAUAAUUGUCUCGAAUCAUGGUGCUCGCCAGCUUGACUAUGUUCCUGCAACUAUUAUGGCUUUGGAAGAGGUCGUGAAAGCUACACGAGGGGUGAUUCCGGUCUUCUUAGAUGGUGGAAUAAGGCGAGGAACAGAUGUUUUCAAAGCUUUGGCUCUUGGAGCAUCGGGUGUAUUUAUCGGAAGGCCAGUAGUGUUCUCUUUAGCUGCUGCAGGGGAGGCUGGUGUCAGGAAAGUCCUUCAAAUGCUCCGAGACGAGUUUGAACUGACUAUGGCAUUAAGCGGUUGCCGUUCCCUGAAAGAAAUCACUCGAGACCAUAUUGUAACCGAAUGGGAUCGUCCGCGUAUUGCACCCAGAUUAUAAGAUUACCACCAUAAUUCUUGAGCCUCAUUUGCUGAACAGCUAAAUUCUUGUUCUUGAGCCGGUGUGUCAAGCUCAGGAAUAUAUACUGGAAGCAUUAAUAUUUGGGGAUCAGUGGUACCAUUUAAAUAAAUGUCAUUCCCUUCA